AAUGUUUUUAACGUUGCUGCUGAUGCCUCCGUUGUUUUUGAUGGCACAGACGGAGUCAUUGACAGUAUCAUCAUUAAACUCAUCGCCAAUAGAACCGCAUGUAUUGCAGAUCACUAAAUCCAACUUUAAUAUCACAUUGCAGGCGAAUGAUGUGGUCUUUAUCAACUUCUAUGCGGAUUGGUGUCAUUUCAGUGCUCGAUUGGCGCCGAUCUUUGAGACUGCGGCCAUUAGGUUGGCCGAGGAUCUUCCAAAGUCGGCAAAGGUGCGUUUGGGUCGCGUGGAUUGUAUGAGCGAGGUGGAGCUAUCGAAUCUUUGUGCCAUCACCAAGUUUCCCACGUUGCGUAUAUUUUAUCGUGGUCAUCCAUUGCGUCGGGAGUAUCGAGGAAAACGUUCGGUUGAGGCACUUGUGGAGUAUGUAAAAAAACAGUUUCAGUUUGCGAUUAAAAGAUUUAAUGAUAUGGAACAGCUGGAAAUGAUCAAUGUGAAGAGACGUUCGGUAAUUGGAUUCUUCGACAAUCGUAAGAAACCGGAAUUUGCCAUCUUUGAACAGUUGGCGGAGCGUUACAAACACGACUGUGAUUUCUAUCAAAGAGUUGGGCCUAAGCUGGACAACGUUUCGUAUACGCAACGUAUGCCGACUAUAGUCUAUCGCCCAGAUACAGCACGCACACAUGCUACAGAUGAACUUUUUUUGGGCGAUAUGACCAAUAAAUCAGUGUUCGAGGCGUGGCUCUUGAAGAAGUGUGUGCCCUUAGUUCGGGAGGUGGACUUUGGCAAUGUGGAAGAAAUAAUUGAGCAGGGGCUGCCGCUCUUAGUGCUCUUCCAUAUGCCCAAUGAUAUGAGCUCGGUGAAGGAUUUCAAGUCCAUUGUCGAAAUGCAAUUGACCGAUUGUGGUCAGUUCAAUUUUGUUACCGUCGAUGGAUUGAAAUUUGAGCAUUCCGUGCAUCACAUGGGAAAAACACAUCGAGAUCUGCCCAUAAUUGCCAUUGAUUCCCUUAAGUUAAUGUAUCCAUAUCCGCAUUUCAGGGACAUGUAUAUACCAGGACAUCUCAAGCAGUUUGUCGACACCUUUAAUAGUCAACAUUUGAAUCUCCAGCUGAAUAUUACGAAUACGACGAAUAACGAAAAUAAGAAGCCCUCGAAUUCCACAUUUCGAUAUCUGGGACCUUCCAAGUAUCGUUAUACUCUGAUCGGACAUGACGAGCUCUGAGGAAUGAUUUAAACAUCAUCUAUUUUUACUCCUUUUAUUCCUCUUGCUGCUUCUCUGCCUCUU